UGAGUGAGCAGUGGGUGUGACGACCAGCGACGCAGCACCACCAGCAUCAAGCACCAGCAAGUGGCGACGCUGACAGCUCGGCAGUGAAACCUAACAUGGCCGGCUACCUCGCUCUCAGGUCCAUGGAAGAGAACGCCUCGCAGUGAGCAGCCACGGCUAAUGGGGCAUGAAGAAACUACUGCUGCUGCUACUGCUCCUUAACUCCUGCCGGGAAGAGGGUGCAGAAGACCACCUCCUUCCCUGCACACGGCUAAGCACGAUCCCGAAACGCACAACCUCCAACAUCGUGACGCUUCCAAAACACGACUCCAUGAAAACAAAAGCCUGUAUUUCGAAAUGCUUUGUUCUCUCACCAUGACUACUUCCCAAGGAAAGGCCACGCAGGGGGCUGGCGGCGCCGCGGGAGAGGAAGAGGUUCAUUUUAAACAGGAAUUGCUCGUCGCGGUGCAGACAGGUGAUGAGGAAAAGCUGCGCCACGCCCUUAAGCAUCUACCACCGAAGGCUGUCAACCAUGUGUUCCCUCAUCCUGUGUAUGCCACUGCCCUGCAUGUUGCCACACAAAACAACUCAUAUGAACUGGUCAAGGCACUGCUGGAGGUGCCUGCCGACACUGGUGCCCGGGACAUGAAAGGCAAAAAGUACUGCCCACUGCACUAUGCUGCCCACAAUGGCAAUGUGGAGGUACUGGAGGCACUGCUGAAGGCUGGUGCUGACCCCAAUGCAAAGGAAGGUGAGUUUGGCCGUACAUCUCUUCAUAUUCUGGCCAAUCGCUGGAAGAACAAUGAAGAUUCUUACAAGGCUUGUCUUGAUGUGCUUCUGUCUUGUAAGAGGAUCAAAGUGGAUGCCCUUGAUAGCAGCAAGGCCUCACCCCUCUUCCUGGCUGCCACCAAAGGUUGGGAGUACAUGGUGAGGAAGCUCAUUAAUAUGGGAGCUAAUAUAAAUGCAGCUGUGGGAAACAAAACUGCUUCUGAUGUGAUUAAAAAGAAGUUCAAUGACUUGCUAGAUACAAUUGACUUUUCAGUAAUUCAAAAACCAAAAAGAUAUUUCAGUGAUGAACUCUAUGAUGCACUGAUCAACACAGACUUACAGCUGUUUCAGGAAAUUUUGAGUGAAAUUGACAACUCAGAGGAAAAAUCAAAGGUAUCAGCACUGGAAGAAGACCAUGGAGAAUAUACACUUCUGCAAUAUGCCUGUGACAAUGGUCUGGCAGAUUUUGUUGAAGAAUUACUAAAACAUGGAGCCAAUGCAGCCAGGGUAGAUGAAACCAGCCUCAUGAGCCCUGUUUUGUAUGCUGCAAGAAAUGGUUACUACAAAAUCCUGGAAAUGCUUCUGAGAACCUUAAAAGAACAGAAAGAACUUGACAAAGGAGUCCUGAGACAUAAAGAUCUAAGAAAGGAAACUGUACUUCAUAAAGUGAUCAAGAGGGAGUAUGCAACCAAACAUGAAGGUGUGGACUACUACAUGUGCCUUAAGCUGCUUCUUGAGAAAAGACGUUACUUAGACCUGGAUGCACAAGAUGAAUUUGGCAACACUGCUUUACAUUAUGCAGUGCUUUGUGAUGAUCAGAGCUUUGUUCGCAUUCUGCUGCUCAAUGGCGCUCAUCUAGGAAUCAGGAAUCAGUUUGGUACUUUAGCCAUUACCCGUAUUCAGGCAUCUGUGCUUGAAGAGGUACUCAAUGACUGCAUCAAAUACAAACACAAUGUAGCAGACCGUGAGUUUGAAAUCAUCCUUCACUACAGCAUGUUGGCUCCAGCUCAAACAUCUCAGCAACCAGAAACUGAGUGUCUGAGGUUCCUGAGUGGUUCUCGUAAGCACCGGCACCUCUUGCUGCACCCAAUCAUUGACACUUUCCUUUUCCUUAAAUGGCAAAGGAUUCAAAAGUACUACUACUUCAAUAUUAUUGCAUAUACAAUUUUCUUAAUACUCCUCACAGCUUACAUACUCUUUUACCAUGGAACUUUUGUACCAGCAACAGAGAAUGGAAUAAACAAUGACACACAGAAACAAAAUGUAUCAUCAGAGAAUAGCAGUGAUGCACCAGAGAUGGAAAUGUAUGACCUUGCCCAAAAAUAUGUUUUCAAAGCUCUUAUAUUUAUCUUUACUUUGUACAUUGCAGUGAGAGAAGGCAUUCAGUUCUAUGUUUCUUGGAAGUUGUAUGUCAUACGACUGGAAAACUGGCUGGAAAUUUCAAUAGUUGUUCUCACCUGUACUGUACUUUUCAUACCUAUGAAUGCUGUACAUCAGCAGAGUCUUUGUGCCUGGCUGGUAUUGUUCUCUUGGAUAGAAUUUGUGCUGCUGUUGGGACGUCACCCAUAUUUGUCCAUUUACAUAACCAUGUUCACCACUGUCACUUUCAAUUUUCUUAAAUUCAUCAUCAUGUUUUCCUUCAUGAUUAUAGCCUUCAGUAUCAGCUUUUAUCUAGUUUUCCAGGUACAUGACAGCUUCACAACAUACUACCAAUCUCUCCUUAAGACAAUUGCCAUGACCACUGGUGAAAUAGAGUACACAGAUUUGCCUCUUGCUGCUUUUCCAGUUUCAUCACAUUUACUGUUUGUUGUGUUUGUGUUCCUCAUUGUCCUUGUUCUUAUGAAUCUUCUCAAUGGUCUAGCUGUUAGUGACAUUCAGCAGAUCCAGCAGGAAGCUGAGAUUGUCAGUUACAGCAGUAGGGUAGAGUUGGUCUCAUACAUUGAGUCUGUGUUUCUGGCCAGUCCCUUGCAUCAGAUUUUGCCAGGAUCCCUCAGAUGCUGUGAGGGAGGCGAUGAGAAGGAUGACUGUUAUCUGAAAGCAUGUAUUGAGUCCCACAACCCAGCCAUUAAACUUCUCAACUGGUUGGGUCGGCGUACCCUCAUGUUCCAGACGUGUCUUCGUAAUCCGUGGAUAUCUGUGUUCCCAAAUCGAGGAAGGGACCGCUGGCACGUCUGUGACUGUCACAGCUUCCAUUUGAAGGAGGCUCAAAUUGAGGCUGCAAAGGACGUUGUGCUUGAGAAGGAACAUGCCGUUGACACCCACCGUCUGUCUGGCCUUGAAAAUCGCCUUGAUGAAGUAAUGGCAGCAAUAUCUUCUCUCACAGACAAAGUUAAUAAACAUGUCCUGUUGCCUUCCCCAGAGUGACCCAAGAAAUCUUCAGAUGCCCCUGUUGUAAUCAGUGUGUAAUUGUUGCCACAAGUCUAAUUUCAUUAUAGCAAAGACUUUGAUAAACACUGAGGAGCUAUUUAAAGCAGCCAUCUAGAUAAAUUUUUGCCUGAAUAUGUCACUUGUUCCUUGCAACUGUCUGAAAGGUUCAUAUUCAGUCUGGGUGACUUAUAUUCCAGAGCAUAACUGUUCUUUUGUAGAUCCAAUGUGUUUAUCACUGCUACUGGUAAAGUAAUAUGGACAUAUUGUCCUGCUUACUAAUGAAAAUUUUAUUUCAGAAGUGCAUUCUAACAUAACUAGAAUAACAAUAACAGUAUCAUUGACAGGAAGGCUUUCCUUGGGUGGCAUGUAAAUUUAUAUAUUCUAUAUCAUACAGAACCCUUGUUUGAGCAUAUUAUGGCUAUAUUUCCUCCUAAUAUUUAUAUUCAACAUUACAUACUAUAGUUUUAAAUGCAAUAAAAAAGCUGGGUUGUUCUUUGGUGUAUAGCCUACUGUAGCAUUUAUUUUGAAAGAUAAUGGUAAUGUAGAUUUAAUUUGUCUUAUUUGUAAUUAUAUUUUUCCAUUAUUGGCAUCAAGGCACACUUAAGAUGUGACUUGUGGCGGUGUGGCAUUUUUUUCCUCACUUAGGGGAAUGACAUACCCAUGUUUUCUCUAUUGUAAUUGUUACACUUGACUUACUUGAGUUGCAAUAGUUUAAGUUUGAACUCAUCGGGCAACAUGAAAUCAAAGUAAGGCCCUGGCAGAACAUGAAUGUGGAUCUUUCCACUUUUUGUGCUCACAUGCCAAUCACCCAAUCAUUGUCUCUCCUACUGAGACAAAGUUUGUUUUCUUUAUUAGUGUACUUAAUUAGCUAUUGUACCUGGGAAAUGUGAUGGUCACCGGAAGUGCCACGGUCCAUGGAACACAAAAUAUUUCACAAGGGAGAAGAGUAAUAAUUAUAGGGGCUGUCUGUCUCCAGUUAGAAUGAACUCAUACUGGCUUGACAGUGGUGCAUGUAUCCUAUUUAACAAACUAGCUUUUUGUAUUCUGCAGAAUCAGCUGUGAUAUUAUUAAACUAAACAAACUGUGUGAAUUUUACUUUUCAUAGUCCCAAUUACAUAGCAUAUGAUAUACGUACUUAUACACCAUAUUAAAUGAAAUUCACUUCAAAGUCCAGAAUGAGUGUCAGAUCAGGUAAUGCCGUGCUGUAUUGGGCUUACGUACAGUGGCUGUUGCUGCUUCAUAGUACUGUGCUACACUGUUAGAUAAAAGUUACUAUGAAUUAAUGCAAUGGCAGGAUGGAAAUCAUGAUUCAAAUUUAAAUUAUGUAUUGAUUAAAUUAUAAUUUUUCAGGUGCAAACUAAGCAUAAAUGUCUUCAGGAGAAAACAAUUGUGUAAAACAUAGAUACCUGUACCUAAUAAUUUAUAAUGAGAUUUCCAUAAAAAACUGUUGUGUCAUUAUAAAUAAUACCUGAUGCCAUGUAUAAAAACCUCUGAUUAUUUUGCUUCAGACUGAAGUCCACAAAGCAUUAUAUUUUUAUAAGUAAAUUUUUUUCUGCAAAAAUUUGUGAGGUAAUGAUUCUCUCCUAUCAUUAAGUCCUCUGAGUGAAUACUGUUCAUAUUAAGUGUGUGCUUGCGGGAGGAGCUGGCUCAUUGCUUUAGAAUAAUUAUCUACUUUAAUCCCCCAAAAAACAAACCCUUUUGUGUGGUACAUUCAGUAUGUUUGUUUGCUGACACUCAAAUAAUUUCACUCACACUGACACAUAAACACAUACAAUGCUUACUAGCUCAAUACUACUCUCCUUGCUUGUCACCUGAGAAGUUGAGGUUCAUGCCAUACUCAGAACACUGAAGAUUUUCCACUGAUGAUGAUCAGCCUAUCAUGGGCUCUCUAUACUCUUUCUAAGCAGAUAUAGCUGGCAGUUCUAAGUCCAACAUGAGUGGUUGUGUGCAUGUGAGAUACAUCAACAUAACCAUGCUUAAAUGCACACACUUUAGGCAGUGAUUUUAUAUUCCAUAAAAUGAGAUGCAGCAAAAUUAUUAAAAUAUUUUUGUGUUGUAUGAAUAAAUAAUUUGUUCAUUAUC